GUCCUCCAGCAAAAGUUGUUCAACAGCAGGCAGCUCCAGCUCUCCUACACUCUCACCCCCAUUUUCCCUUUAAUGAGUGGAUAAGACACAACCUUUAGGAAGACAAGUAGUUGAUUCAUGAUCAAUCGCAAUACAUUCUAUCAACUGCGAGCUCAGGCGCCUUCUUUUUCUGCUGGGUGGUUCACUAGCAAACACGUGAUCUUGUCAGUAAGACUGAGGAUUGAAUAGUGAGCCGCCAUGGGAGACUGGAACCUGUUGGGGAAACUGCUGGAGAGCGCCCAGGAGCACUCGACUGUUGUGGGCAAAGUAUGGCUGACGGUUCUCUUCAUCUUCCGCAUCCUGGUGCUGGGAUCCGCCGCGGAGAAGGUGUGGGGGGACGAGCAGUCGGGUUUCACUUGCGACACCAAGCAGCCCGGUUGUCAGAACGUGUGCUAUGACAAGACCUUCCCCAUUUCCCACAUCCGCUUCUGGGUGAUGCAGAUCAUCUUUGUGUCCACGCCCACGCUCAUUUACUUGGGACACAUCCUCCAUCUGGUGCGCAUGGAGGAGAAGUUGAAAGACAAGGAGAAGGAACUGGCUCUCCAGAGUGAAAAGCAACAGCAAAUACUUGGCAACAAGGCCAAGAAGACAUUAAAGCCCAUCAAGGACAACCAAGGGCAUGUGCACUUGAGAGGAGCACUACUUCGGACUUACAUCUUCAGCAUUAUCUUCAAGACCCUUUUCGAAGUGGCUUUCAUCAUAGCGCAGUACUUCCUGUAUGGUUUUGAGCUCAAGCCAAUGUACCGCUGUGACCGUUGGCCUUGCCCCAAUGUGGUCAACUGCUACAUCUCCAGGCCCACCGAGAAGACCGUUUUCAUCCUCUUCAUGCUGGCUGUGGCCUGCAUCUCAUUGCUGCUCAACUUAGUGGAAAUGUACCAUCUCGGCUUCACCAAAUGCCAUCAGGGCAUUCGCUACAGGCGGACGCAGGCAGUGAGGGAACCCGCUGAAUCCGUCAUCCCUUUUGUCUCCAACUACAACUACUUCCCAAGUGGCCCCACGGGGUCUGAAUCCUUCCCAGUGGAGGCAAAAUACGGCAUCACUGAGCCAAAUCCACCUUACAGCCCCUACAGCAAGGUGAUGUAUAAACAGAACAGAGACAACAUGGCCACAGAGAAGAAAGGUAAAACAGACGGAGAUGAUGGAAGGGAGAGGAAAACCUCCACCUCGUUUCAAGAGAUGCCUAUGGAAAGCCCGCGCAGAAGCAGCCAGUCCAGCAAGCACAGCAAUAACAAAAGCAGGAUGGAUGACCUAAAAAUAUAGACGUUUUUUUUUUUUUUUACGUGAGUAAGCAAAAAAAAAACUGCGCUGACGCU